GGGUCCCUCCCUCAUACGGGCAGGGUCAUGGAGUUUAUAUAAGGCUGUGUUCUCCUGGGGUCCGACGCCAACACACUACUAUAGGGGCAACAUGGCGGACAAGAGGGAUAAUGCAGCGGAUCAGCUAAAGCACUGGAAGGAGGAGCGGGGAAACCAGAAACCAGAUGUUCUGACCACAGGGGGUGGAAAUCCAGUGUCGGACAAGCUCAAUCUCCUGACUGUCGGCCCCCGGGGGCCACUGCUUGUGCAGGAUGUGGUGUUCACAGACGAGAUGGCCCAUUUUGACCGGGAGCGGAUCCCUGAGAGAGUCGUCCAUGCUAAAGGAGCAGGGGCUUUUGGCUACCUUGAGGUCACGCAUGACAUCACCAAGUACUGCAAGGCAAAAGUUUUUGAGUAUGUUGGGAAGAGGACUCCGCUAGCCGUGCGCUUCUCUACCGUUGCUGGAGAAUCCGGCUCUUCUGAUACGGUGCGCGACCCUCGAGGGUUUGCUGUGAAGCUGUACACAGAGGACGGUAACUGGGACCUAACUGGAAACAACACCCCCAUCUUUUUUAUCAGAGACGCUAUGCUGUUUCCGUCUUUCAUCCAUUCCCAGAAGAGGAAUCCUCAGACCCACAUGAAGGACCCGGAUAUGGUCUGGGAUUUCUGGGCACUGAGGCCGGAGUCUCUUCACCAGGUCUCCUUCCUGUUUUCGGAUCGGGGGAUUCCGGAUGGUCAUCGCCAUAUGAAUGGCUACGGCUCCCACACUUUCAAACUGGUGAAUGGCAGAGAUGAAGCAGUGUAUUGUAAAUUCCACUUCAAGACUGACCAGGGCAUCCGAAACCUCACAGUGGAAGAAGCAAAUCAUCUUGCUGCAUCUGACCCUGAUUAUGGCAUUCACGACCUCUAUGAAGCAAUUGCCACAGGGAACUUCCCAUCCUGGACUUUCUACAUCCAGGUCAUGACCUUCGAACAAGCAGAGAAGUUCCCUUUCAAUCCGUUUGAUCUGACCAAAAUCUGGCCUCACAAGGACUACCCCCUUAUCCCUGUGGGCAAGAUGGUGCUAAACAGGAACCCGGUGAACUAUUUUGUAGAAGUGGAGCAGGCGGCAUUUGAUCCAAGCAACAUGCCCCCUGGCAUUGAGCCCAGCCCGGAUAAGAUGCUGCAGGGGAGGUUGUUUUCCUACCCAGAUACGCACAGACACAGACUCGGGGCAAACUACCUGCAGUUACCAGUGAAUUGCCCAUACAAGGCUCGUGUCGCCAAUUACCAGCGGGACGGACCAAUGUGUUUUAAUGACAACCAGGGUGGUGCUCCCAAUUACUAUCCCAACAGCUUUUCUGCUCCGGAUGCCCAGCCUAAGCUGAGGGAGCACAAGUUCAGAGUGUCAGCGGACGUGGCACGCUACAACAGCUCUGAUGAGGACAACGUGACCCAGGCACGAGCUUUUUACACCAAGAUCCUAAACGAGGAGCAGCGGCAGCGACUGUGUGAGAACAUUGCGAAGGACCUGAAGAAUGCACAGAUUUUUAUUCAAGAAAGAGCUGUGCAGAACUUCAGCGCGAUUCACCCGGAGUACGGCUCUCGCAUUCAGAACCUGCUGGAUAAAUACAAUGCAGAGGAAGGAAAGAAGGAACCAUUAAACAAUUACACUCGCCAUGUGGCUCCUGAGACGCAGUAGGCUCCAGUCAAUCAUUAGCUGAAACCUGCAAGCAGAGCUUACCCGCAAUAUUGUUACUGUGACCCUGCAACUCUACUCACUCACCUUGCAUCUGAUUGUUUUCAUCUUGUCUGGGACUCGCACAACUGCUGGCGUGCGUUAGAGCAGACUGCCCUGGCAUUCAGACGAUGCUGCUGCAGAAGAACUCUUGCAGGAAGUACUGAGGAAGCCCCUCGCUAACUGAUUAUCUUCCUCUCUGAAUGUACUAAGCUUUAUAUAAUAAAACAUUGUAAAAGGAGAAGCUAA